CCUAACACUGUUCUAACACCCAAGGUUAUAGAAGCUGCGUGAGCGUGAGCAAAUAAAGGUUGCUAGGGUUUCCUUUGACAAUGAUCUACGACGUCAAUUCUCCUCUCUUCCGCUCAUUCCUCAGCCAGAAGGGCGGCUCCUCCGACAAGAGGAAAAUGGAGGAGCAGAAGCCUAAGGAACAGAGACCCAAAGCAAGUGAGAAUAAGCCAGUCAUGACAGAGUAAUUGGUAUCUUUUGCUUUGUAUGCUUUAAGAUGGGAGAGGUAGUGGAUGUUUAAAAAUGCUAUGCUAAUUGUUAUGAGAAGUCUGAUAUGUGUUAGGAUGGAAAAUGAUUGUGGAUGUUUUAAAGUACUAUCAUAAUGAUCUUCUUUCUUGUUUGUGGUGGAACGAACUUGUUCUUAUACCCCGCUUUCAAGCUAUUAUUGUAAUUUUCUGUUGUUAUGGAUGUUGUUUAAGUAGGUGGUGGAAUAUCAAUAGUUUUAUCCACAAUGAGGGCAUUCAUUCUAUUAAGAAAUUCCAGGCUGUAGCGCUUGAGUUGGCUUUAGGAAUUAGGAGUAGCAAGGGCGCUACUUUCUCCAUUGUGCUAUGCUGGCACAGCUGUACAUGGAUUUUGUGCAAAAAGCUUAUAUUAACAUGCAUAUGGUUUCAGAUUU